AAAACCAAGCAGUUAACACCGUCAAGAAAUCCGGACGUUUCUGCGACUGCUUCCCCGGGAGGCGAUCGCUAUAUUCCCAAUCGAAGUGUAACUCAGCUCGAGCUAGGGCACUAUUUGAUGCAGAGCUGCAACGAACGGACCGGCACCGGUACGGUGAAGCUAGAUCCUGAAAAGUUGGAAUAUCAACGUCUAAUGAGUGCAGCGUUGAACGGUGGCGUUACGGCCAUCGACAAGAGCACCAGUGACUCGACCGCUGACGACAGCUCCAACUUUAACAUACUGGCGUUUCAGAAGACCAAAGCCCCUCAGGUCACCUUAGGACAUGUAAAUAACAACAAGGUACUGUAUAGUUCGCGCGUUGCGCCCGUUUCCGUAUACUUAAACCUCCUUGAUUGGAAUCAAAGCAAUAUAUUGGCCGUCGGGCUCAGUGGUCAUUUGUAUCUGUGGAAUGCAGAGACCGGUGGUAUCGAUCUCCUGCUCGAACUGAACGGUGUCAGCGAGUACGUAAGCUCACUUUCGUGGGCGACCAGCAGCAGUUAUUUGGCGGUCGGUCUGAGCUCGGGAGCCGUGCAGAUUUGGGACGUGGCUGCCCAUCGCAAGUUGAGAACGAUGGUCGGACACCAAGCACGCGUCGGCAGUCUAGCGUGGAACGAACACAUUUUGUGCAGCGGUUGUCGCGAUGGAACCAUCAAUCAACAUGACGUUCGCAUUGCUGAUCACCUUCAGUCUGUCUUACGUGGCCAUACGCAGGAAGUGUGCGGACUUCGUUGGUCACCUGAUGGCCGCUAUUUGGCUAGUGGAGGAAAUGAUAACCUACUCAACAUAUGGAGUAAAGAUUUAACCGGGUACACGGCUGACCCACAGCCGGUGUAUACUUUCACGGAACACCAAGCUGCGGUCAAGGCGGUGGCGUGGUGCCCUUGGCUGUCGCAUGUCUUGGCUACUGGCGGAGGAACAGCCGAUCGUCAUAUCAGGUUUUGGAACUGUAACACCGGUAUGGCAUUGUCUAGCGUGGACACGAAAUCACAGAUCUGCGCUUUGCUGUGGUCUAAAGAGCAUAUGGAAAUCAUAUCCGGCCACGGAUAUCCCAGUUUUCAGCUGUGCGUAUGGAAAUACCCGAAAAUGACCAAAGUUGCAGAGUUGAUCGGACAUACAUCUAGAGUUUUACAUAUGGCGAUGUCUCCUUGCGGCGAAUUCGUUGUCAGUGCGGCAGCCGAUGAAACGCUGCGGAUCUGGCACUGUUUUGCGACAGACCCGGCUCGUAAGAAAACGGAGCAGGUUGCUAAAAAGACUAACCUCUUCGAUGGACCAAGUGGCACGUUUGGACCAACAUCAAUCAGAUGA